GGGGGUGGUUUACAGGUCAACAAAGAGAGGCUUGAUUAAUUUAAUAAUGGGAAAGGCAUUAUCUAAGGUUUGAUACCCUUCAGGUCAUUCGAGAAUCAAAAUUCUACUGCUUCUCCGAUCUCCAUCAUCAUCAUAACGCUUCUCUAUCUAAACGUUACAACUUUGAAAUUAGUGAUACAAAAAAAGGGGAGGGGGAAAGAAAAAAAGAAGAAGAAGAAGAAAUGAAAAGGGCUGUCAAGGUGGCGGUGAUCGGAGCAGGGCUGGCGGGCCUAGUAACGGCCCGCGAGCUGAAAAGAGAAGGCCACGAGGUGGUGAUUUACGAGAAGUCCGACCGUGUCGGAGGAUUAUGGGUUUAUGAUCCUCAAGUUGAAGAUGAUCCAUUGAGUUUGGAUCCAAACCGGAAGAUAGUUCACAGCAGCCUUUUCCGUUCGGUUCUGGCCACUUUCCCGAGAGAAAUCAUGGGGUUUUCGGAUUACCCCUUCUUCCCUGUGGAUGAUGAAAAUCAUGGUACUACUAUUCACGCAGAAUUCCCUCCCCAUGAGGAAGUGCUGCAUUUUCUGAACCAUUUUGCCAAGGAUUUUGAGCUGAUUCAGCUCAUCCGGUUUAACACCCAAGUGACUCGGGUUGCACUGAGUAAUGAUGAUGAAAAAUGCUCCUGGGUCGUCGAAUCAGUGUCGGAAAACGUUGGUUCGGCGUCGGAAUUGUUUCAGGCCGUUACGGUUUGCAGCGGUCAUUUUACUCUUCCAAGACUAGCCGAGCUUCCAGGAAUUGAUCAGUGGCCAGGAAAACAGAUCCAUUCCCACAACUAUCGGGAACCCUCGUCAUUUCGAGAUCAGAUUGUAAUCGUGGUUGGUGGUGCCAUGAGUGCCUGUGAUAUAUCACAAGAUAUUUCACAAGUAGCAAAAGAAGUUCAUGUGUCUUCAAGAAGUGCUGGUUUGUCCAAAAAACUUGAAGGGUGCCCUAACUUGUGGCAGCAUCCGGAGAUAAUAAAAUGUGAUACUAAUGGAGAAAUUACUUUUCAAGACGGAUCUUUUGUUAAUGCAGAUGUUCUCAUUCACUGUACUGGUUACACAUAUGCGUUUCCUUUCCUUCAAACAAAUGGUGUCGUAACCAUUGAUGAUAAUCGAGUUGGACCAUUAUACAAGCACGUCUUUCCUCCACAACUAGCUCCUUUUCUAUCUUUUGUAGGAAUACCAGACCGGGUGAACCAGUUCCUUAUGAUGGAAUUACAAGCAAAGUGGAUAGCUAGAGUUUUAUCUGGAAAGACCAUUUUACCUUCAAAGGAGGAUAUGACGACAGAUGUCGAGAAAUAUUACCAAGAAAUGGAGGAGAUGGGGAUUCCAAAACAUUUUACGCAUAGACUUACCUCCGCCAACCAGUUUGAGUAUCUGGAUUGGAUUGCUGCGCAAGCAGGACUAUCAGUAGUAGAUGACAAGACCAAAAAGAUAACGAAAGAUGUGUGGAAUAUACUCCAUCUCUAUCACGGUUCAUGGGUUAAAUUUCGGCAAAAGUACAUUAAAAUGAAGACAAAGCCUCAUUGUUGCAAUAACAAUGAGAACGCUUGAAGAACAAAUCUUCUAGUUCUGUGCUUUAAUAAUGUUUUAAAUUAAUAUUGUAAUAAUACUAUUUUAAACCAAUUUAAGUAAACAUUUUCUACAAUGUUUUUUUCUGUAUUAAAUAUGUAUCCUAUAAGUUAGAAAUUAUAAUAACAAAGAAAAGGAACUAUAUUAAUUACUACAUGAAAAUGACUGCAAGUUUAUUCUUGAUAUAAACACUAGUAGGCUUUUUAUUAUAAAAAAACAGUAGAAAAGUGCAUGGCUUCAAAGGCCUUCAAAUAUUACAUCGACGCAAUUACAUAAACAAACUAGCUGUGUUUUUUCUUUUUUCCUUCUUUUUAUUCUUAAUUAACCAUUUAAAACUCAAAAUCACUAUGCGACCGACUACACUAGGGCAAUAGUAAGAUUUUCUCUUGCACAAUGUUCAUGCAUGGCUAGUUUGUCUUUUAUUCUUCCGAUCAUCAUCAAGAAUGAAUUCAUUCAAGGCAGUGUGUAAGGCCCGCAUUUGUAACCGACGGGACGAUCGGCGAGGUUGCAGCGUUUGGGAAUGGUUAUGGCAAUUUCAGGCUUCACCCCAGAGCUCUUGGCAGUGUUGGAAACCAUCACAGCGCAGAGACAUUUGGGAUUUUUGCCGAGUUUCUUCACCUGAGCACAGCAGCUUCCGGACACCGAAGCGUUCUCAUCUUGAGCUGCUUCCGCACAAGGAACUAGCUUCAUAGCUUCCAUGUCCGGUGUUGAUCUUGGGCAUUCCCCAGCCCCAUCAACUCCAUUAUGCUUAAAGCUUGAAAUAGCUAAACCUAAUAGCAACACAAAAACACAAACACUCUUCAUUUUUUUUCUUCUUUUUUGGGGGUUUCUUCUUCCAAUAUGUGUGUGUCAAAUAUGUCUUUCUA